AUGGGAGUGAAGGUUGAUGGUCGGCAGCUAAACCAUUUGCUUUUUGCUGAUGACAUCAUACUGAUAAUACCUAGCACCAGCCAAGCGGAACGAAUGCUGUCCGAAUUCGACGAAACAGGUUGCAUCGGUUUUCGGCUGAAUUUCCAAAAGACGGUAUUCAUGCACAACAGAUGGGUCUCGGAUGUCCCAUGCAGUUUGAAGAUCAACGGGAGCCAAGGUGAUCAAGGUGAUGUAUUAAGACAUUGA